AGUGUUUACAGGGUACACAAAGAUGCACACCAUGUUCACAGUCGCGCUUGCAUGUACUAUGGCCACAUUGCUCCUAGCUCAACAGAUGGACGAGGAACUAUCGGCAGACAAACGAGUGAGGUCAUUCGCAUUCGCCAAGCGAUCCCCCUACAGGCAAUUUGCAUUUGCCAAGAGAUCCGAGGAAGAGGAUGAAAGCGAAGUCGAGAAACGAGCCCGAUUCGCCUUCGCUAAGAGAUCACCGUACAGACGAUUCGCUUUUGCUAAACGAGCAUCUCCUUACGGAUUCGCUUUCGCCAAGCGGGGAUACUAUUCAUCGUUUGCGUAAAUAUCACUUCAAAACAGAAAGCAUAGGCCAACAACGGAGGAGAGCAAGCCUGAACAUCGUUCGCGAUCUACGAUUAUAGUCGCUACGCAAAAUUACCUUUUUGUCAUAUUUAUUUUCACUAUUUCUCGUUUUUUAUUGCAGAUGCCGCCGCGUGUUGAAUAGGUUCGUCUCAGUAUGUCAAUA